GCCGGCGUUCCACUUGGUACGCUUCAAGAUGGCGGCCCCCAUGGUGCGGUGUGGGAUGCUCCUGGCUCGGAGAGUAGCUACGGCUCGCCUUUCCCUGGCAGGUAAAAGAUGCCUACUCUCCGCAGCAUAUGUGGACAGCCACCAGUGGGAAGCCAGAGAGAAGGAGCACUGCCACCUGGCUGAUCUUGCUUCGUUAAUGGACAAAGCAUAUGAAAGGAAGUUGCCUGUUAGUUCUUUGUCAAUAUCUCGGUUUGUGGACAACAUUUCCUCUCGAGAAGAUAUAGAUUCUGCAGAGUACUAUCUUUACAAAUUUCGACACAGUCCCAACUGUUGGUACCUGAGAGACUGGACCAUCCACACCUGGAUUAGACAGUGUCUGAAAUACGGUGCACAGGACAAAGCCUUGUAUACCAUUGUCAAUAAGGUUCAGUAUGGAAUUUUUCCAGAUAACUUUACAUUCAACUUACUGAUGGAUUAUUUCAUAAAGAAAGAAAAUUAUAAAGAUGCUUUAUCUGUGGUUUUUGAGAUCAUGAUGCAAGAAGCCUUUGAAGUGCCGUCCACCCAGUUCCUCUCCCUCUAUGUGUUAUACCGUUGCCUGGCAGAGAAGACAGACCUCACAUGGGAAGAGGAAAGGAACUUUGGUGCGUCCCUGUUGCUUCCAGGCCUAAAACAAAAGAACACAGUGGGCUUGAGUUCCCAACUGUAUGGCUAUGCACUUCUUGGGAAGGUGGAAGUGCAGCGUGGACUGCAGGCUGUGUACCACAACAUGCCUCUGCUAUGGAAACCAGGCUACCUCGACAGAGCCCUUCAAGUGAUGGAGAAGGUGGCCUCCUCCCCUAAAGACCUCAAGCUGUGUAGAGAAGCGCUCAAUGUGCUGGACGGAGUCCUGAAGGUGGUGACAUCUCCAGCUGACCAGCCCCAGGAAGAGACACAGCCCCAGGAAGGUGAAGGUAGCUUGGGCUCAGCAGACGUGGUGGAGCAGCUGGACAUUGAGGAACCAGAACAUUCGAAGCUUCCCCAAUACCUGGAGCGAUUUAAGGCCUCUCAGUCCAAACUGCAGGAGUUGGGCAGGAUUGAGUCAGAAGGUCUUUUGACUCUGACCACCCAGCUUGUGAGAGAGAAACUCCCCGCCUGUGAGGCCGAGGACCUGGCCACUUAUGAGCAGAAAUUGCGUGAGUGGCACCUAGAGCGGAUGCAGUUGAUCCAGCGGGAACAGGAGCAGAGGGAGAGAGCAAGGCAAGAAUACCAGUCGCUGAGUGCAGCAAAGACUGCAGCCUGAAGGGCCCUAUGCUGGCCCUGCUCAAGGACUGUGUGGGCCACCUCAGCAUUCUGCUUGGACAGACUGGGAGUCAGGACUGUGUGGGCCACCCCAGCGUUCUGCUUAGACAGAGUGGACUCAGGACUGUGUGGACCACUGCAGCGUUCUGCACUGAUAGGAUGGGACUCACACUCUACUGUCCAGCUUCCCCUUUUUCACCGCAAGCCAUGCACAGCCCACAGAGUGCUGCUGACAGGGCACUGUCUGCCCAUCCAGAUGUCAAGGGCCAAGAAACUAAGAAAGUGGCAAGUGACUGGGCCGAAACCACCAGCAGAAUCUCUACCGGGCUUUCAGGGCUCACAGUGGAGUCCUGGGCACAGUGUGAAAAGUUCCCCAUAUCCGGUGCGGGUGAUGGACGACGCGCGGGUGAUGGAUGACGCUACAGCUGAGGCUGCAGCGCGGGGUCUGAGUGGCCCAUGCUGCCUGUUCUGAGACCUUGUGUCGCAUUGUCCCCUGGCUAGUGCAGAUAGCCUGGUGAUUGGGCCCUGGGUGCUCAGACAUCCUGCUGCCUCUUCCCCCCACACUCUGCCCUCCUCUUUCCCCUCUGGAAGAAGCCCAGCUUGGUCUCCAGACCACAGCCUCACUAGCUGUCUGAUUGUAGGAACCCAUGGUGACCCUUACAGAAUGCGGGGACUUUGGAGAAGAAACUUGGCCCUGGGUGAGGUCCUUGUGGCCUGGCUUCUUCAGCAUAUUAGACUAACUUCCACACAUUGUCAGAAAUAAAAAAUGAACCUUUGGUA